AACGGCAAGUCGCCUGCCAACCGCGACUCGGCAAGAAAGCAGAGCGCAUGCUCACUGGAGUAACCAAAAAUGGAAUUUAACUGCUCCGAUUUGAGCCUCUGGAAAGAGGCAUUGUUGUCCUACGACGCCCGUAUCGAAGCCUUGGAUAAGCCCAAUCUCAUCUCUCUAGACCGCUUCUACCGGAACGAACUCCCCUUUCUCAUCCGUCAACGGGACCCUAGUCCGUACAUCACCACGUCGGAACUCACCAAGCUCAUGCAAUGGAAGCUCACCCGUGGCAAAUGGAGGCCGAGGCUUUUGGAUUUCGUGUCGUCGUUAGAUGAUGACGUAGUCAAAUCGGCUUCACAGGCAGCAUUUCACUCUCUCCCGGACGUAUCCAAAGCCGUUUCGGAGCUUACGGUUUUGAAAGGUGUUGGUCCCGCCACUGCCUCAGCUGUUCUGGCUGCUUAUGCCCCUGAUGUUGCACCGUUCAUGUCUGAUGAAGCAAUGGAUACUGCCAUUGGUAACUCCAAAGAUUACACUCUGAAACAGUAUUUAGUUUUCCUGGACAAGCUACAGGCGAAAGCUAAGGAAUUAACAGCCAAAGGUGAAACAUUUACACCAUCCGACAUCGAAAGGGCCUUAUGGAGUAGUGCCAUUGGUGCCAAACUGAGUGGAUCCACCAAGAAACGGGAGGGUGAAACUGGGAGCAAGUCAAAAAGGAAGAGAAAGCGAUAACGUAACCAUGCUGCUACCUGCUUAAUCCAUGACGUGUGGUUACUAGCUAGUUAACUUCUUCAUUACCCCUCUGAUCAUCUUUUCAAGCUUUGGUUUCCUGGUAGCUUGUAGUAGUUUGUAUUAACAUGUAUGUGUCGUAUCUAAGCAGUUACAGUGAAAUAUCUUCAGGAUGGUAGUAUUAUUCAGAAACCAUCCUGCUCUCUAUUUGCAAUUUUAUUUAUAUAUUGGACUUUUUCAAAUCUGAAAACAUGUUCAC